GGGCGGGGCCGCGGCUGGGGUUGGCGCAGGCGCACAGCUCUGGCUAGGCAGUAUGGCGGAUCUAGCGCCUCAACCAAGCAAGAGAAAGCGCGAACUGGACGCCGAAGAGGCGGAAGCCGCCAGCACAGAAAAAAAGGAAGGGGGCGUUGGAAAUGGUACCUCCGCCCCUGUGCGCUUACCGUUCUCCGGCUUUAGAGUGAAAAAAGUGCUGAGGGAGUCUGCGAGGGACAAAAUCAUUUUUCUCCAUGGGAAGGUGAAUGAGACCUCUGGGGACGGAGAUGGAGAGGAUGCUGUUGUAAUCCUAGAGAAGACACCGUUUCAGGUAGAGCAGGUGGCCCAGCUCCUGACGGGCAGCCCUGAGCUCCAGUUGCAGUUCUCCAAUGAUAUUUACAGCACCUAUCACCUGUUUCCUCCACGGCAGCUGAGUGACGUGAAGACAACCGUGGUUUACCCUGCCACAGAGAAGCACCUGCAAAAGUACCUGCGCCAGGACCUCCACCUGGUGCGAGAGACGGGAAGCGAUUACAAGAACAUCACCUUACCCCACCUGGAGUCCCAGAGCCUCAGCAUCCAGUGGGUAUACAACAUUCUCGAUAAGAAGGCAGAAGCUGACCGGAUAGUUUUUGAGAACCCAGACCCCUCUGAUGGCUUUGUUCUCAUCCCUGACCUCAAGUGGAACCAACAGCAGCUUGAUGACCUGUACCUGAUUGCCAUCUGCCAUCGCCGGGGCAUCCGAUCGCUUCGGGACCUCGCUCCAGAGCACCUGCCGCUGCUCAGGAACAUCCUCCGGGAGGGCCAGGAAGCCAUCCUGCAGCGCUACCAGGUGAGGGGAGACCGUCUCCGCGUGUACCUGCAUUACCUGCCUUCCUACUACCACCUGCACGUGCACUUCACGGCCCUGGGCUUCGAGGCCCCCGGCUCCGGGGUGGAGCGGGCUCAUCUGUUAGCAGAUGUGAUCGAGAACCUGGAGUGUGACCCGGAGCAUUACCAGCAGCGCACCCUCACCUUCGCCCUCAGGGCCGAUGACCCUCUGCUCAAGCUCUUGCAGGAGGCCCAGAGGAGCUGAGUCCCACCCAGGGGCUGUCCGGCGAAGAACACAGAUGUGUGGGAUCCGGGUGGGCUGGGGAGGGACUUCGGGAGUUUUAGUACCAAGUGAAUUUUUUUUCAAAAUGUAUUUUGUACUGGCUUAUUCCUAGUAUGUGAGUAAAGUAUUGGUCUCCUUUGGUGUGGACUGAUGACUCGGGGGGCAGGUGGUGCCGGCAGAACAGGGUAGGAAGAUCCUGGUCCAGGAGCCAGGUCUGGGGUGGUGGCUUCAGCUGACCUGGAUGUGUGCCAAGGGCUUUCUCCAAAUCCCAGUGAACACCAUCCUUGGUGAUUCCCAUGUCCCGAAUCCGACGGUGCCUUCCCCCGUCUUCGGUCCUUCCUGCUCUGCUCCCACCUCCCCCUUCCUUCCUCCCAUUUGCUGUAUCUUCCUCCUGGUUUUCGAGGCCCAUGUGUCUGGGAGUUCCCCCAAAAAACCAGAUACAAAAACUUUAUGGAAAUAACCUA